AUGGAGUGGGCUCAAAAGUGGUGGACGUGGAAUGCAACCGUGGUAGCAUUCGUAUUGCAGGUUGCAUUGGGUUUGGUAUCGGUUACCUUUACGUCUAAACAAGGAUUAGCGAUUUGGCAUGAUUCCUGCAUUUCCGGUUGCGGACAAUGUGGGAGAAAACCACAACCAAAGACUGCAAAUGAAAAUUUUGUCCAACGGUUUUUUGUGAUGGUGCUAGUGGUAUUACUGUCAUCAGUUGGGUUCAUCAGCUAUUGGAACUGGUCUGGUGACAUGUCGCUAAUCCAUCCAGGACCACUAGAUGCUUUACGAUGGCUAAAACCUUGGGACCAGUAUGGACGGUUGAUUGCAAAGCAAACGUUUGAGCUGGUCGCUCUAGGGUUGUUAUGGUUAAAUUUGAGACCGUUCAGUGGCACGCUGGACAAUGAUGGUGUCGAUAAUCGUAUUGGCAAAUCAAUUGCAUCGAUAGCUUCGAUACUGCCAGCAGUCGUGUGUGUGCUGGUUUCGGCCGAAAUGGCGAUAAAUUUUUCAUUUGUAGCCCUUUCAUUAACCACUCUGAACCGAACCCUCGAUAACAUCGUUCAUUUUACUCCGGACGGCGACACAACGACCAUACCGACUACCUCGCCACAGGCAACCAAUUUUCGAAUGAUUGAAUCAACCACAAGCACCCGUGUUGGCGAAUUUCGAAACCUCAUCAUGCUUUACGAUAAGAUUGGCGACACAGCCUUAUCUCUUUUGGAGUUUUACUCACCGAUUCUACUCCUGAUUAUAGGAAUCCACUUCGUUCUAUUUACGCUACAGCUAUACUUGAGCUAUCGUGGAAUGUCCGGUAACACUAGUGACACAGUAUGUGCCGAGCACCUUGGGCAUAUAUUUUUGUCGCUGUUAUCGGUUGUUUCUAGUGCUGUUCAGAUCAUAUUCGUAGUAGACACCACGGCAAGCUUUCAUCAGAAGGUGUCCAUCCUGUUUUUGAUUGUCGGCCGUAUUCAUGAUGAUACUAACCUUUACGGCUAUUUCAAUUUGGAUAAAAGUCUUUUGAUGACGAUUGUUGCAUCAGCUUGCUCAUAUCUAAUCGUUUUGAUUCAAACGCUGUAA